GACCCGCUGGAUCAUGGCUGAGCAGCGGCAGGACAAGGCGGCGCUGAUCAGCGAGACCCGGCGGCGUUUCGAGGCGGAGUUCCUGCCAGACAAAUCAGAUAAAUAUGAUUCUAGAGAUGUGGAAAGACUUCAGCAAGAUGAUAAAUGGGUUGAAAACUACUUGAUUUGGCGUCACGAUGUUGUGGACGAUACUUUAAAGAUGAUUGAUGAAAGCUUUCAGUGGAGGAAAGAAUACACAGUUAAUGACUUGUCAGAAUCUGUCCUUCCAAAAUGGUUAUUUGAAAUUGGUGCUCUCUUUCUGCAUGGAUACGAUAAAGAGGGCUAUAAGUUAUUUUGGUUCAAAGUGAAACAUCAUACAAGAGAUCCUAAACAACAACUUGAAAAAAAGAAAUUGGUUGCUUUUUGGUUAGAACAUUAUGCCAAGAGAGAUCAUGGAAAGCCCUUGACAGUGGUAUUUGACAUGGCUGAAACUGGAAUCAGUCACAUAGACUUGGAUUUUGUCAGGUUUAUUGUCAACUGUUUUACAGAUUAUUACCCAAACUUCCUCACAAAGAUAGUAAUAUUUGAAAUGCCAUGGAUAAUGAAUGCUGCUUUUAAAAUUGUGAAGGGUUGGCUUGGCCCAGAUGCAAUAAGCAUGUUAAAGUUCACAAACAAGAGUGACGUGCAGGAAUACAUCAGUGGAGAGUAUCUGCCACCUCACAUGGGUGGAACUGAUUCUUUCAAGUACAGUUAUCCUCCCUUGGUUGAUGAUGAUUUUCAAACUCCUUUAUGUGAAAAUGGGCCCAUUACAAGUGAAGAUGAGCAUGAAAGUAAAGAAGAGAUAGAUGCAGACACCAAGGAGGCUGGGGACACGAAUGAAGCACAAAACCUUAAUCAGAAAAAGAUGAAUUCUAUAGAACAAAUUUCCAAAACAGAGGAAACUGACAAAACAGAGGUCAAACCAAAAAAUGCAAAGAAAGCAUUAACCACUUUUAAAGGACCUUUAUUACAUAUCAGCCCAGCAGAAGAGCUGUAUUUUGGAUCCAAAGAAACUGGAGAGAAAAAAUGUUUGAUAGUUCUCACAAACAUCACUAAAAAUGUAGUGGCUUUUAAAGUGAGAACAACUGCACCUGAGAAAUACAGGGUUAAACCCAGUAACAGCAGCUGUGAACCUGGCACAUCAUUAGAUAUAAUAGUUUCUCUUCAUGGUGGUUUUGCAGCUUCUUUGCAGGAUCGUUUCCUUAUAAUGGCAGCAGAAAUGGACCAGUCUUCUGGAGCAGGUGUGCCAGAACUGACUCAGUUUUGGAAAGAAGUCCCUAGGACCAAAGUGAUGGAACAUAGGCUCAGGUGUCACAUCAUAGAAAGUAGUAAGCCCUCUUCUCUGACAUUAAAAGACAAUGCAUUUAAUAUUCCAGCAAAAACUAAUGAAGAUUUACAUAUACAGCUAACUCAUUUACUGCAGAUUAAUAGAAGACUUGAGGAGCAGAUGAAUCGCUGCCUCUGGUUCCAGCAGCUGUCAGUUGUUUUGUCACUGCUAUCAGUUACUGUUGCUGCCUUCUGCUUCUACCUGGCAUAUGCCCAGAGAAGCUAAAAAGAAUUGCUGUGCCCUGGAUGUGCUGCUGCCUGUCAUGGUUCAUUGGAGUCAAAAAGAUUGCAGUGCUGCACUAGGAUUCUGGAACUGCCAAAAUGGGGUUUGUGAGCCUACAGCAAUGAACAAGGAACAGUUUACUUGGGAAGAAAAAGAUAGAAGAAAUGAAUGACCAGCAAACAAAAUUACUGAAAUUAUUGUCUAAGUUGACACUUAAAAUAGAGCAUGAGGAAGAUGUUAAAACUAGGACCUGUUUCCACUGUAUAACUCAAUAAAAACUACUGAACUGGAAGGAGGAAACCAAAUACAACAUUAUUUAAGACUGUUGUGCUUUUUUUUCCUCUAUUCAACUACUUUAAAUGCAAUAUUUCAUUUCUUUUCAUCAUAUUCAUUCUUACAUUCUGAAUCACUCCCAUAGAAGAUGCAAGCAGUCAACUUAGUAUAUUCCAAAGCUGAUCUGUUCAUCCCGGAAAAUUUUCAGAAAUUAAAUAGUACAGGUGGAUUUUUUAAUAUAAUCUGUGUAUGUACAUGCACAUAAAGGAAGACAUUUGUUGUCAGUAAUUUGAUUUUGAUAAUUCACUCAUUGCUCUCAUUGGUUAAAUUCUUUAUUUUUGUGUUUCUUCUAAAUGAAAAGUUACUGUAAACAUUUCUUACCA